UUAACUGAAGCUGACAUCCGCAUGGAAAUAGAUGAGGAAUUAAAGAGUAAAGGAUGGCGGCUAACCGGGAAAAAUAAAAAUGUUUUUGGCGAAGAAUAUUCUUCUCAAACCUUUGCUGACUAUGUUCUGAAACCAAAAGGAACGGGUCAGAAUUUAGAAGACGCUUUAGAACAAGCCAAAAAUUAUGCAAAAAAAAGAAAUUCCCCAAUUGCUUAUGCCGUUAUUGGCGACCCAAAAAAGAAAAUUAUCAAAACUUGGCACUUAAAAAUUGGCAAACCUUUAUAUCUUGACCAAAAAGAAGUUAAUUUUUUAUUCGAUCUAGAAACCGCUUUACAUUUUAUAGACAAGAACGAAUAUAAUCCUCGAAAAAUUAUCGCCAUUAGAGACCGAGAAAAAUUAAUCAAAGUCUUUUCUUUUGCUAACAAUCAAUUAAGGGAUGAUGGAUUGACUGAAGGACACGAAAGAUUUAGUGAAUUUUGCAGCAUUUUAUUUCUAAAAAUUUUGAAGGCUUUUCAAGAUAAACAAGGAGAAGAUUUAUUAGACUAUGUAAAUAAUGCUUUAAAUUGCAGACAACAUAAAAAGGAUAAAUUUUGCUGUUUCCAGAGCAAAUACGGAGUUGAUAUUUUCCAGCGACUCCAAAUUAAUAGUCCUGCUACUUUAAAACGAAUUAUUGAUAAAUUAACUCCUCUUCAAUUAAUUAGCAUUGAUAUAGAUGUCAAGGGUGAGGCUUUUGAAUAUUUUCUUAAAGAAGCCAUUAAAGGUCAAAAAAAGGAUUUAGGACAAUAUUUUACUCCUCGCCAUAUCGUUAAUUUUCUAGUAAAAUUAGCAGACCCCAAGCCGCACGAAACUAUCUACGACCCUUUUUGUGGCACCGGCGGCAAUGAAGUAACUUCUACUGCUCGGGUGGCUAAGAUGAAUAUGAUUUUAACUGGUGAUGGUCACAAUAAUAUUCAAAAAACUAAUAGUUUAAAAAAUCCAGCCAGUAAUCAAUAUGAUAUAGUAAUUACCAACAUGCCAUUUUCUUUAAAAG